UGCCGAGUCACAUGACACGAUAAGGUCACGUGAUAUGGUGACGUCAGCCGGACCUUACACAGUAAACAGUCUGUACCCACGUGGAUGGGAGAUGAUGGCCGGGAGAGUGACCCGGAGCGGGCGGAGGAUCCUGGGCGGGGAGGCUGCAGGUUCAGCCGUGAAGACCCCUUCCUCCGGAGCAGCGCGCGGUAAGAGGCGGCUACAGGUGCAGUAUGAGGAGGACGAGAAGAGGCCGAGGUGGGAGCCCAAGACCUGGAGGAAACAGCUGGAGAACAUCCGGCAGAUGAGGAGCGCGCGGGACGCCCCUGUGGACAUGAUGGGGGCAGAAAAGUGCUUUGACCAGAAGGCCGAGCCACAGGUGAUGCGCUACCAGGUCCUGCUGUCCCUGAUGCUGUCCAGCCAGACGAAGGACCAGGUGACCUCGGCGGCCAUGACCAGGCUGCGUGAACACGGCCUAACGGUGCGCAGGAUACUGGAGACGGACGAGGAGACGCUGGGGAAACUCAUCUAUCCUGUGGGAUUCUGGAAGAGUAAGGUUAAAUACAUCAAGAAGACAACGGAGAUACUUCAGGAGCGCUAUGGUGGAGACAUCCCCGAUAAUGUAGCAGAGCUGGUGAAGCUUCCCGGGGUGGGACCCAAAAUGGCUCAUCUUAUUAUGGACAUUGCCUGGAACAAGGUGUCUGGCAUCGGGGUGGACACUCACGUGCAUCGUAUUUCCAACAGACUGAAGUGGGUGAAGAAAGAAACAAAGACCCCUGAAGACACUCGUGUGGCCCUUGAGGAUUGGCUACCAAGGGAUCUGUGGAGCGAAAUCAAUUGGCUGCUGGUGGGGUUCGGGCAGCAAGUUUGCCUUCCCGUGUCCCCCCGGUGUUCGGACUGCCUGAACAGAGACAUCUGUCCUGGAGCAAAUAAAAAGUGAUGGGGUCGAAAAAAAAGUCCAGCUAAGGCUAUCUGGUAUACCUGGGGUGGGGGUCCACAAUACAGCGUGGGCAAUGGCUACAAAGGGCACAUCCAUGCAUUGCACAUUCAGCCCAUUUAUUUCAGUGAGAACGGUGUAAUACCUCAUUUCUCCUGUGGGGGAGCUGCAGGAAAUUUGAACACUUGCCUGCUGAUAGCGGUCGAUCACUAUCCAAAAAAAAUAAAAAAAAUAAAUGGAUUGUCUAAAUGUACAGUAACAAUGUAUAGGGCAGAUUUCGAUAGUUUUUUUGUACUGUAUAUAUUUCGGUCUUAAAUAUUUCUU